AUGCAGGGACGAGUGACAGGGAGUUGGGCUCUGCUGGCCUUGCUCCUGGUCUGUCUUCAUUUCCCAGGUUUCCUUGCUCGAAGCAUCAGUGAACUGGAGGAGAAAGGUCCCCAAGACGUGGGUACCAACUUGCCUCUGGUUGGACAGCCUUCGUUGGCCAGGUCUUCUGACUCUGAAAAUGCUCAGCCCAAAUCAAAUGCUGGAUCUAAUGGCUUAGCAAGGAGUUCUUUAAGGGCUAAGGUGUCUCCCUCUGAUGCUUCUCAAGCUGCAGGAGGUCCUAGGGUGCAGAAUUUGCCCUUAUCCCAGGGGUUGCCCUCUGUGAACACCUGGCCCCCUGAGGGUCCUUGGCCAGGGAUGGCUCCUGUGGUUGAGGAUUAUCCAGAGGACAUGCUGCUGGAAGGACCGCCUUACUUUACUGAGGAUGUUGCCACCCCUCUGAACAGUAGCCCUUUGCCUGAAGUCUCUGCGGCGUACUCUGCAGGUGCCUCUCCAGAAGCAUCCCUCCUCCCCCAGGACUCUGAACCCAGAAAGCCACGUUGCUCUAAUCUCCUGGGAGCCCUGGGGGGAGUCGUUGGUCAGCGUCCACCCUGGUCUCUCAUCAAUAAACUCCGUCAUCCACUUCAGCCUGGUCACCCCUGGGAGAUCCUGAAUCCCGGCGCGUCCUGGGGAGGUGGGCGUUUUGGCACAGGCUGGGGAACAAGGCCCAUGCCACUCCCCCAGGCGGGAAUCUGGGGUGCCAAUAAUCAAUACCCAGGUACAAGUUGGGGCAAUCCCAAUCGAUAUCCAGGGGGCAGCUGGGGCAAUGCCAAUCGGUUUCCAUGGGGCAGCUGGGGCAAUGCCAAUCAGUAUCCAUGGGGAAGCUGGGGCAAUGCCAAUCGGUAUCCAGGGGCUUCCUGGGGGAGCAGUCAUCUACCCCCAGGAGCCACUAACCAAAUCCCCCCCAGAACUGGCCAUCCCUCUGGCUCUUCUUGGAGCAUCCCAGCUGGCCUCCCCAGUUCCCAGUACCCCAGGACAUAG